AUGGCGGAGCCAGUCUUCAAGCUGGACAUUGAGUGCCACGAGGAUGGGCACAGCAAGCGCAUCAGGGUGCCCAUUGGCGGCCACGAGCCGGUGCGACGUCUACUGGAGAAGGUCCGAGAGCGAAGCCACAUGGGCUUGACGACGUUGUACACGGUCCGUGAUGGCGACAAGGCCUUGCUGGACCCCGGCGACACCCUGGAUUUGGUGCUGGAUGCAGGGGAAAACAAGCUUAGGGCAGAGGCCGUCCCGGGCACAGGUACCGUCACCGCUGAACCUCCACAGGCUCCUGUGGCGGCCCUGGCGUUGUCGGCCAAGGCUUCGGCACCGCCACCGCCACGGACGGGUGAAGUUCAGGCCCUCGGAUUGAGGUCUCGAUCGAGAUCGCCUGCUCGGCGAAAGUCCAGCCAGGCGGCACGCUUGCUCGAACUGCGCGACCGCCAGCGCAGUGUGACUCCCGAUAACGACAACGUUUUUGUGGUGAAGCAGGCUUUUUCGUCUCGGUCGCAGGAUUCCCGUCGAAGGUCGGGGCUGCUGAGCGUUCGGCCAGGGGAUAUUCUGGAGCUUGCGAUGUCUCGCGACAGAGGAUGGCUGGCGUGUCGUCAAUUUACAGGCCAGCGUGACGUGGGCUGGGUUCCAGAAUGGGUGUUUCGUGCCCCGCAAAAGGCAUGCGAUCAGGAGGAAGACUUGUCCGACGAGAGCGAGGAGCCGAGUUCACAUCGGGGUCCACGUGCCAAGGGCUGCAUCAAGAGAAUCAAGGCAAUCACAGGCCAGUACGUGGACAGGGUGGAGUUUCAGCUGCGCAGUGGUAUUCACCAAGUGUAUGGUGAAAGCACUGGAGGAUGCAAGCAGAAGUGGUUUUUCGUAAAGAAGGACGAGGCCGUAGUGGAGGUGACUCAGAUUCGGACGCACAAAUAUUUGGCCCAGAUGCUGGAGUUCAAGACAAGCAGAGGCCGCGUUUUUUCUACGAAGGGCUAUGGAGGGCCGGGUAAAGAACCACAAACAGUCACCUUUGCAGCCCCUGAGGGCAGGCAGAUUUGUGGGCUUGUUUUUGAAGGCGUGAAGCUCUCGGCCGUGUGCCAUCAGACGUGCUCCCAGAGGGGCUCCCGAAAGCAUCCACAGAAGCUGGUGAAAGAUUUCAUGUCGGGCUUCCAGUCGAAGUUGAAUGCCGAUGAGUAA